GUUGUGUGGCGUUAGGUCCCAAUUUUCAGCAGGACGUCUGCAGCAGCUGUCCACUGGCAUUUCAGCCGUGUCAUCACAGUAGUGAGAGGGGGGGAUCAGUGAGACCGAGGGGGCUGCCUGCAGUCUACUUUUGUGGGUUCACUCUCGCUGUCCUUGGCCCCAGUCCUCCACACUUCACUACUCUCCCUGACUCUGCCCAAGUCUAGGCCCACGUCCCCACCAUGGCCGACCAGUACCAGUACAAUACCAACGAGGAGAAGAUUGUGAAGGACAGCCACACCAAGGAGAUCGAUCUGAUCAACAGAGACCCCAAAUUGAUCAAUGAGGAUGUGAUCAAGGUGGAGUUUGAGGAUGUGAUCGCAGAGCCCGACGGCACACACAGUCUGGAUGGGGUGUGGAAGCUCAGCUACACCACCUUCACCGUGUCCAAGUACUGGUGCUACCGCAUCCUCUCAGCCAUCUUCGGCAUCCCUAUGGCUCUGCUCUGGGGCUUCCUCUUCGCCUGCAUCUCAUUCUGUCACAUCUGGGCUGUGGUACCCUGUAUCAAGAGCUGCCUGAUCGAGUCCCAGUGCAUCAGUCGCAUCUACUCCCUCUGCAUCCAGACCUUCUGUGACCCCUUCUUUGAAGCCCUGGGCAAGAUCUUCAGCAGUGUGAAAGUGGCCUUGCGCAAAGAGGUCUAGACACUCACACCACCGCAGUGUUUACACGUGUUUGGAUGAAACGCUACACCCUUUUUAUCCGCCAGACCAGAUGACCAGUCCUGGUGUCCUCAUAUUUCCCAAGACACCCCCCCGCUACCCUUACCCAGCCCAAAGCCCAGGGCCUCGCCCGUCUCAGCCCUUUGAGUCCUGACAUGCUCAGAGCGACCAGUGCCACAAGAGGCUCUUUGACAGCUGCAGCAUGGUUGGGUGACAGCUCUGGUUCUGUUGGAAGGCAGAGAGCUGUCUGUUCAUUGAGGGAAUAUAGGGCUGGCAGCCAUGGCAUGGGCAGGACUUGUGUCCCAGAGUGAAUGUAUUUUGCGAUGCUGAGUAAAGUGGCUUUGUAGAAAACAGCUAGCUACAUUUUGAAGUGUUGCAUUUUGAUUCAAAUGUAACACAACAUGACAUAAACACCCCACUGACACUAACGGCAUUGCAGCACCCGUGGAACAAUAUACAAUCUCUACUAUAUUGGCCAAGUCUGAAUUGAUAUACUAUAUUAAACAGUCAGAUGUGUGUGUGUGUGUGUGUGUGUGUGUGUGUGUGUGUGUGUGUGUGUGUGUGUGUGUGUGUGUGUGUGUGUGUGUGUGUGUGUGUUUUGUUCCUAAUGGUAAACUAGUCGAUGUUGUGCAAUGGAAAAGAUAAUUGUAGUGCUUGAACAAGAUUAUAUCGUGUUUUACAAAAUGAAUAAGAUGCAGUUUCUUUACUGAAUCAUUUUGAUUAAACACAUCCUAAAUUGUUAA